CGGGAGAGACCGGCGAUUACAGAGGUCGGAAGGGACGAAGCGAAAUUCGUAGAGUAAAAUAUAGACUUUCAUUUAGUUUUGAUAAGAAAUCGGACAGAGGAAAAUAUAUAAAAAAUACUCGGAUGUCGGUAAGGUGAGAUACAAACAGGAGGAACAGCUGUUCGGGACACAAAGACAAAGCGGCAGUUUUGUGCAGCCGGAACGUGUGAAGAAACCCUUAGGAGAAAAGGAAAGUGGAAAGAAAACUGAGCAGAGGCCAAAAGAAAAUUCGCAAUAUGGGAAAAGGAGAUAAACUGAGGAGGGGGAGGAGUGAUAGUGGUUCCACAAAUCUAGUAGGCAAAUUCACACAGAGCGUGCGCAGAAUAGUGCAAGACGUCAAGGACGAGGGUAGUGCCAGCGGUGCCACCAAGGAGGACGUGAUCGAAACUAACGAAAGACUAAGGGCGGUACGAGUGCGCAUGGACGAGUCCUACGACAUCGCCAAGAAGGCUUUGGUAGGACUGAUGGCCAGAUACACCGAAAGCAAAACCAUCCACAAUGUGUUUCAGAGAUACAGUCUUCUAAAAAAUAUGAUUAAGGAUGUAAUUAGGUUAGAAACACAAUACUGGACCCUGGUGGACAUACCCAAACAGGAAAAGCAGGAGACGGUUCCCGCUUUCGUUCUGAGGGCCUGUUCCAUCAUGGAGAAGACCCAGAAGUCUGGAGACGGUGUCAAAACGUCCACAAAAUUGGCCGAAGAAGCUCAAGAGAAGAAGGAAAGGAUAGAGAGGCUAGAAAAUAUGACAUCGUCGCAAAUUGAUGCGGAAAACACACAGAUGACGAACGAUUUGUACAGGUUGUUAAAGAAGUACUCGGGGUUAAGGAAUCUAAUUAGACAAUUAAAGACGGAAUAUAGUAACGCAAAAUAUUAUCCAAUGGUUAUUCGGUACUCGAUGUUGAAGGAUAUGAUUAAGGAUAUCAUGCUGCAUCCGGAUUAUAUGGAAGUGUGUCACGAAGUGGACGUAUAGCCAAAAUCGUUUUCCUAGGGCGUACCCAGACGAAGACAGAGCUGUCGGUACUAACAUUUUAGGAAUUUGAAAUUUUAGAGAGCUUGGAUCUUCGCAGUUUUGUACGCCCAGGAAAACACGUUCUGUUGAUUUUUUGGACACGCCAGCGCCGAUGUGACGUAAAGAGGACAUUUUUUUGUUGAUUUUUUCGCUCCAUGUAUCACCAUAAUGGGCCAAUU